AGGACCAUGUUACCAGAAUCAGAGCGUCCUGAUCAACAGGAGCAGAGUAUUCCUACUGAUGAUUCUAACAGCUGGUUCUGGAAACCUCAUACCCUUACAGGGAAACCUCAUAACCUCACAUGUAAACCUCAUAACCUCAAUGAUAAGCCUCAUAGUCUCUCAGAUAGCGCUCAUAGCAUCACAGGUCUUGUCAUAUUCCUGGGUGUGAUAGCGUACUUUGCUCUCUUUGAGACAAGCAGUGAAGAUACGGCGCUCAACACCAAACGGGGACUUCUCUUCGUGAGCGUGUCCUUCCUGUACAUUGCUAUGAUACACACGAGGAACGGGCCGUUUAUCAGGCCUCAUCCCAUAUUUUGGAGAUUAGUUCUAGCCCUAUCAAUGCUGUACGAACUGAUCCUCAUCUUCACACUGUUCCAACAUAAGGAUGAUGUUAGAAGGCUCCUUGUGUACAUUGACCCUGAGUUGGGAACACCGCUGGAGGAAAUGGAUUACAGCAACAACUGCCUCAUCUACGACCCGGACCACCCUGAGGACCCGUACCAUAACGUUUGGGAUAAGAUGGACUGGUUCGUGAUAUUCCAUCUCACUGGUUGGUGGGCCAAAGCUAUCGUAUUCCGCGACUACUGGAUGAGUUUCGUGCUCAGCAUCACAUUUGAGAUUCUAGAAUAUUCCCUGGAGCACCAACUUCCUAACUUUGGGGAGUGUUGGUGGGAUCACUGGGUAUUGGAUGCCGUUAUUUGUAACGGACUAGGAAUAUGGUUGGGAAUUAAAACUCUCGAUAUCCUGGAAUCCAAAACUUACGACUGGCGCGACUUGUGGUCCAUUCCAGGGAAUCGUGGAAAGUUCCAGAGAGUGUUAAGCCAGUUUACCCCCCAAAGCUGGACCAAGUUCGACUGGGGGUACACGGAUGAUGUGAAGAGAUGGUUCUCUGUUAUUGGAAUCUGUUCCAUUAUCAUGUUAUUCGAACUGAACACAUUCUACAUAAAAGCGGUGCUGUGGAUACCGCCUCCCCACAUUGUCAACUACUCCCGGGCUGCCAUCAUGUUGUUUAUGGGCGCGGUGUCCAUGCGUGAGCAGUAUGAGUACAUGUCCAACCCUCUGUGCAAGCGGUUUGGGCAGCAGAGUUGGGUAGCAGUAAGUAUCCUGGUGACUGAGUGUAUGCUCGUGUACAAGUUCGGAUACGAGACCAUCUCCAAACCAUUCCCUCCGCACGUUGUGGCGUUCUGGGUAGCGUUUGUGGUUGUCUUCUUGGGCUGGUCGUUUUGGAACUUCACGUAUAAGUUACCGCGGAGACGCCGUACAGCGUCCGGACGGGAAGUCAGCGAGUCAAUCGAGGAAAUGGACCAAAUUAGGGCAGCGAGAAAGAUUAAAAAUAGGAAAGUUCAGUAGGUCAGGGACUAAUUAGUAAUUAGGGGUGGUGCUUUUUCGGGUGAUAGUACCCUUACCAGGAGCUAGUUAAAGUUAAAUGUUAUUGGGGUUUUUUGUUUAGGUUCAGAUUUUUCGUAAUUUGGUGUAUGUUGGAAUUAUUGAGUACAGUGAGCUAAUGCAGAAUAAAUUAGAGUCAAUCACCGGUGGUUGCUCGACAGUUUGUAACGUCGCUUAAAGAUGAUAAGAAUUUACUUUUGUUACAUAAUCGCUGUUUUACAAAUUGAUGCAAUUUUCUCUUUGAAUAUCUUUUUCCUGCAAAUACCUACAACAUUUUAAAACGUGAUUGUCAUUUUUUAUAGCUCAACCAGAUCGGAUACAUAAUUGUCAUUUGAUAUGAACAAUUAUUUAAUGAAUCCUUCUUAUUUUCCUUUACUUGAAAUUAAAUGGUUUGACACAAUUCCGAGAUGUUUAAUAACCUUAUAUAUCAGAUCUAACAUAUUAAAACUAGGCUACACCUUGAGAUCCAGACUUAGGGGUAAGGAUUUGUCGUCGUGAGCAUUUGUCGUCGUGAGCAUUUGUCGUCGUGAGCAUUUGUCGUCGUGAUUUUUAUUACAGGGUAAAAAAUUAAAAUCGUUUCAUAAGAGCGGUUAAAUAACAAGGCGCUAUUUGCUUAAACAAUUAAAACAAUUUGUCUUUUUUAUAACUAUUAUAUAAUAUAUAUUAUAUGUCAAAUAUAUAAUAUAUACUAUUUAUAUAUGUCAAAUAUCACCACGGCGAUAAAUAUUUACCCCUGCUUAGAACUUAACCCUCUGAAUAAAUGCAUUUUCCCUUUGAACAACCAUUGCUUUUAAAUUCUUUAAAUUCUUGACAUUCUUUUGUGCUAUUUGUUACGUAUGUUAUUGUUAAAUGAGUUUGAUAGUUUUUGUAAA